AUGACAGGUAUCGCAAAGCGUAUAAUGAUGUGUCGACCAACACAUUUCGAUGUGAAUUAUUCGAUAAACGCUUGGAUGAAAAUCAGCAGCCGAGUCGAUAAGAAAAAAGCCCUAAAACAGUGGGAGAUUCUGAAAAGUACCGUGGAGAAGUGUGGAGCAAAAGUGGAAGUUAUGGAAUCGGAAGAUGCCAGGGGUUAUCCGGAUAUUGUGUAUUGUGCGAAUGCGGGGUUGGUGAGAGGUGAUCGAGUGUAUUUGUCGCAUUUUGCGACGCCGGAGAGGUUGGGCGAAUUUGUGUUUUAUGGACGAUUUUUUGAGAAGUUGGGAAUGAAGACGUAUUAUAACAAGGAGAUUAUACAUGAGGGUGAGUACUGUAGAUCAGAGAGUUCUAUUGUCGAGCAGCCGAGCCUAGAAAUGCUAGUCGUCAAGAGCCAGCGCCUAGAGAUCCGCUCUGUCAAGGAACCACUCCUAGAGAGCCUAUACAUCAAGUAGCAAAGCCUAGAGAUCCACUCUGUUAAAAAGCUGAGCCUAGAGAACCUGAUUGUCUAGGCACCGCGCCUAGAAAUCCACUAUGUCAAGGAACCGCGUCUUGAGAGUGUAUGUGCCAAGUAGCCAAGCCUAGAAGUUCCAGCUGUCAAGUAGCUGAGCCUUGAGAUCCACUCUGUCAAGGAGCUGAGCCUAGAGAAUCUAUACGUAUAGGAGUCGCGCCUUAAGAUCCACUAUGUCAAGUAGCGGAGCCUAUAGAGCCUAGUUUUCAAGUGGCUGAGCCUAUAGAACCUUAUUUUCAAGUAUCCGCGCCUAAAGAUUCACUCUAUCAAGGAACCGUGUCUUGAGAAAUUCUGUGCCAAGUACUCCCGCCUAGACAACCUAUUCGUAUAGGAGUCGCGCCUAAAGAACCACUCUGUCAAGGAGCCGAGCCUAGAAAUUCUAAUUGUCAAGGAUCCGCUCGUACAGAGCCUAAUCCUCAAGUAGCUGAGCCUAGAGAACCUGAUUUUCUAGGACCCACUUCUGGAGAGUUCCAUUGUUCAGCAGCCGAGCUUACAAAUCCUAAUUGUCAAGGAACCGCUCCUAGAGAGCCUAUUCCUCAAGUAGACCUGCCUAGAGAUCCAAUCUGUCAAGGAGCCGCAUCUUGAGAGCUUCAAUGUCAAGUCACCAACCCUAUAAGUUCAAGUUGUCAAGUAGUCGCGCCUAAAGAACCACUUUGGCUAGGAUUUGAGCCUAGAAAACCAAUUCGUAUAGGAGUCGCUCCUAUAGCCACUCUGGCUAGGACCGGCGCCUAGAGAGCCUAUUCCUCAAGCAGCCCUGCCUAGAGAUCCAUCCUGUCAAGGAGCUGAGCCUUGAGACCUUCACUACCAAGUAGCCGCGUCUAGACACCCUAUUUCUUCCAGGAACUGGCGAUGCUCUCUGGUUCGGAAAAGGUAUGAACUAUUUGCUGAGUGGAGUUGGACCGCGAUCCGAAGCCAAAGCUUGCGCCGACAUCCAAAAGAAGCUUUCAACAAAAAAUGACAAUUUCCAAGUUGUAGCAGCCCGAUUAGUUGAUCCAAGGUACUUAAAUCCUCCACGCGCUCCACCGAAAUAAACACGCAACGCAGACCGCGUCGCGCCACAAAACAAGGGAACGAUUUUUGUGUGUGUUGUGACGCGGCGCGGUCUGCGUUGCGUGUUUAAUUCAAAAAUCCUUCAGAUUCUAUCAUGUUGACACGUGUUUCUGCCCACUAGACGAAGAACUCGCGAUGUGUUAUAAACCCGCAUUCGAUUCAACAUCUCAACACAAUAUUUCAAACUACACUGAAAUUCUUCCGAUUCCCGAAGAAGAUGCGAAACGUUUCGCUUGCAAUUCAGUAGUUAUCGGGAAAAAUGUGAUAAUUCACCGGGGUUCGGAGAAAACGGAGAGACUUUUGGAGAAGAAUGGCUUCACGGUACAUCCCAUUGA